GUUAGCCAUCUCGAGUCUUGUGAGUAUUCGACCUGGACACGCCGCUGAACAGACGAGCAACAAAGGGAAAAGGUUUAGGAAAUCUGCUGCAUGUCAUGUAUGACAGCAUGAACGUUGUCCUUGCCGAGCUCCGGUCGAUUUAUGCUGACAAGCGUUUACUUAUUCCAUACUGACCGCGCGAUCAAUGCAGCAAGGCUCCAAGCGAAGGAACAGAUCUUACCUCUGAGGCGACCAUGCAGCAACACAUACAACCCUAUAGUUGAGAUCGAACUCAAUUUCGCCGUUCUCGUCAUUGAAAAAGAGUUCUACACUCAAGGAUUUUGUUUCAACUUGGAUGGGAGUUCUACACUCGGUCGUCUCGGGCCGGCUCGGCUUGCUGAACAGGAGUUUUACACUCAAAAGAUCUCGAAGAGUUCUACACUCAAAAGGGUCUUAAAGAGUUCUACACUCAGAAGGUUCUCAACUCGGCUCGGCUUGCUGGAUGGGAGUUCUACACUCAGAAGGGACUCGAAGAGUUCUACACUCGGUCGUCUCGACUCGGCUCGGCUUGCUAGACGGGAGUUCUACACUCGGUCGUCGUCUCGACUCGGCUCAGCUUGCUGGACGGGAGUUCUACACUCAGAAGGGACUCGAAGAGUUCUACACUCGGUCGUCUCGACUCGGCUCGGCUUGCUGGACGGGAGUUCUACACUCAGAAGGGACUCAAAGAGUUCUACAAUCAGUCGUCUCGACUCGGCUCGGCUGGAUGGGAGUUCUACACUCAGAAGGGUUUUGAAGAAGAGUUCUACACUUAUAAGGGUCUCGGAGAGUUCUACACUCGGUCGUCUCGACUCGGCUCAGCUUGCUGGAGGGAGUUCUACACUCAGAAGGGUUUUGAAGAAGAGUUCUACACUCAGAGGGGUCUCGGAGAGUUCUACACUCGGUCGUCUCGACUCGGCUCGGCUUGCUGGACAGGAGUUCUGCACUCAAUCGUCUCGACUGGGUUUGCUGGGCAUGAGUUCUGCACUCGGCUUGCUGGACAGGAGUUCUGCACUCAAUCGUCUCGACUGGGUUUGCUGGGCAUGAGUUCUGCACUCGGUUUGCUGGGCAUGAGUUCUGCACUCGGCUUGCUGGACAGGAGUUCCGCACUCAGUUUGCUGGACAGGAGUUCUACACGCCCUUUGCUCGCUUAGAAAGUAUUGUUAUUGAUUACAGGAGUUGUUUGUCCGUUCAGGUUAACAGGAU